AGUCGGUCGGUCGGUCAGGGCGAGAGAGAGCUCGACGGAGCCGCCGCGCCAGCGCACACAGGGACGGAGACGCAGCAGAGGGCAUCAAAGCUUCUUCAUCUGGAAAGUAAAUGAAUAAAUAAAACAACUUUAAAACAUCGAAAUACUGGUGGGAAAAAUAUCAGAAGACAUACUGCUUUUCUGCACGGACAUAAAAUGAAAGGGUUACCUGGUUGUAUAUUGGAUUUGGAGUCUGAUACAAGAGUUGCUCAGGCAGAGCCAUAGGAGUUGUCUGCUGGAGCAAUCUCAGGCACCUCGAAUCAAACUUGAAUUACACAUCCAGGAAUUAGUCAGGGAGUAAGCUAAACUACCUACAUACUGCUCUCACGGGAAAAGAAGACGCUAAAGCACCACUACCACCAUGGAUGAGGAUCAGUGCUACUACAAUGAGACCAUUGCCUUCUUCUACAACCGCAGUGGCAAAUACCUUGCUACUGAAUGGAACACUGUUAGCAGGCUGGUGAUGGGCCUGGGCAUCACUGUGUGCAUCUUCAUCAUGCUUGCUAACCUUCUGGUGAUGAUCGCCAUCUAUGUCAACAGGAGAUUCCACUUCCCCAUUUACUACCUGAUGGCCAACCUGGCAGCUGCUGACUUUUUUGCUGGACUGGCUUACUUCUACUUGAUGUUCAACACCGGCCCAAACACGAGGCGCCUGACUGUCUCGACAUGGCUGCUGCGCCAAGGCCUGAUUGACACCAGCCUGACAGCAUCUGUUGCCAAUCUACUUGCUAUUGCCAUUGAGCGCCACAUCACCGUGUUCCGUAUGCAGCUUCACACUCGUAUGAGCAACCGACGUGUGGUAGUGGUGAUUGUCAUAAUAUGGACCAUGUCAAUAGUCAUGGGGGCCAUUCCCAGUGUGGGCUGGAACUGUAUUUGUAGUAUUAAGACUUGUUCCAACAUGGCGCCACUUUACAGCAACUCCUACCUGGUCUUUUGGGCAGUCUUUAACCUGGUGACUUUUGUUGUCAUGGUUACACUCUAUGCUCACAUCUUUAUGUAUGUGCGGCAGAGGACCAUGAGGAUGUCGAGGCACAGCUCUGGACCACGUCGCAACCGAGAUACCAUGAUGUCUCUGUUGAAAACCGUGGCAAUUGUGUUGGGUGCAUUCAUUGUCUGUUGGACCCCCGGGCUUGUCAUCCUCCUCCUCGAUGUUUUCUGCUCCAGCUGCAAUGUCCUCACAUACGAAAAGUUCUUCUUACUUCUCGCCGAGUUCAACUCGGCAAUGAACCCAAUCAUCUACUCCUACCGUGACAAGGAGAUGAGCGCCACCUUCAGGCAGAUCCUGUGCUGUCAGCGGCAGGAGAGCGUCAACGGGACAGCGGCAGAGGUAUCUGAUCGAUCGGCGUCAUCCAUCAACCACACAGUGCUGCAUCACCACCACCACCACAAUGAACACUCUGUAGUUUAGAGGAAGCCUGGAUAUAAUGAAGAUUAAUCCACCUGCUUGAAGGGGUCAAUCUCUCCUGAGUGACUGACAAAGGGUAAACAGGAACGGGAAGGUUCAAGAGGGACUGUGAACAUGAAAUGAAGUAAAGACAGUAAUGUGAUAAAUUUGAGAAUGAAGAUUCAAUAGAUGGACUGCAGGUGAUGAUGAGCUGGAUGAGGCCACAAUAAAGAUGAUGGCAACUAUGAAGAAAGAUGAAAAGACUACCUCUGUAAACACAGAAGGGGUCUGAUCUUCAAGCACUCUGAUAGGCUGUUAGUAUUUUUAUUUAGUUGUUAAAUUUUGUAUUUGUGCUAAGUGUGUUGUUACAAGCAACAAACGAACUAUUUAAAGUAAUCUGUGAACUCAAGCUAAUGCCAGUAUUACCCAUUCCCUUUCUCCAGUCUUCUAUAACUUUGUGUUCUCACAUUUCAGACUUUCAUCCUUAUAGAUCAACCAUCACGAAAGAAAAUGUUAUGCCUGUCAUCAAUAUAGAUGUUACAUACUGUACAUACAACAUGACACUACCUUGGAGUUAUUCCUUAGCAUCAAUUUAAGGACUAAUUCAUAUUAGUUGCAACAUUAUGGGUUUCAACCAAGAUUAGAACAGUUUAUGAAAAAUCCUGCACUGUUCUGCCCAUUAUGGAUUCAAAACAGCACUAUCCAUUUUAGCAAUGACAAGUGACCUUAAACAAUAAAUACUCUGGGGACUUGCUUGAGUGAUUUUAUCCCAACAGUUCCUUCCUUUCAUCCAAUUUAAAUAUAUGAAGGAUCUAAGAUCUGCAGGGAAUCCUGCAUUGUUUUUUCCCUCAUAGGAAUUAAAGACAACUUGUUCCAAGGAUCUUACCAAAAAAGGGAAGAGGAUGUGUGCAGUUUCAGAGCAAACUCUGUGCCACAGAGACAAAGUGAAGGUCAUAUCUGGUGAGCGUUAGCAGACUUCAGAUCAUGAAAUGUGCUGAGCUGUCUGCCUCUUGCAGUUUUAUCAAGUGUGUGUGUCACCAUGAGGCUGACUAAGAAAAGGUGGGUGUGGGGUGGUGGGCAAAUGUAAAACAGGAAUUGGUAUUUAAAAUGUUAGCAUGCUAAAAUAAGAUUUAAUACUAAACACCAAAUACAGCUGAUUCUGGUGGGAAUGUCAAACAUUUGACAAGCAUUUAGUUAUAAGACAAGUGUUGGGCAAACCAAAAAAUCUCAUGGUGCUAGGUCAGGGAUUUUCAACUGGUUGUGACCCAGGGACCACCAUUCUGACUAAGAAGUAACCCAAAGACCACAGUUGUGGGGUUGCUGCACCAGAUAGACACUGUUUUAAUUCUCAAAGUCAUUUCAGCUUUUAUAAAUGUUAUAUAUUUGCAUAAAUUUGAUUAUUCACCAACCACAGGUAAUACAUGGAAAGGACUAGAGAAAAAUCUACAGUGAAACCAGUGGGGGCAGCUGUGGCUUAGGAAGUAGAGCAGGUUGUUUCCUAACCGGAGUUUUAGUUGUUCGAUUUCUGGCUCGUCCAGUCAAUGUGUUGAAGUGUCCUUGAGCAAGACACUGAACCCCCAGUUGCUCCCGGUGAUGACACCAAUGUGUGAG